AUGAUUGAAGUGUUUUUUUUUUUUAUAUUACUGUCUAUUUUGUUUGGUUCUCAAAGUUUACAAAAAGAAAUACCAACUAUUCGAUGGGGACAAAAUUCUUAUCAGUUAACAUUAAUUGUUUCUAUUCCGUUAAUUGAAAAAGAAGAUAUUAAAUUUAAUGAAAAUAAUAUAUAUAUAUCAGUUACAAGUAAACAAGGUGAAGAGCAUGAGCUAAAUUUGAAUUUGCUAAGAUCAAUAAUUCCAGAGAAAUGCUCUUAUACUUUAUCAGAAAUAGGUUUAAAAUUAAAAGUUUACAAGAAGGAAAAAGAACCUUGUUGGAAACGCUUAACAAAAGAUCAUGAUAAAAGCAAUUUAUUAAUUAAAGAUAAGAAGCUCAGUGAUGCGAAUGAUUGUGAGGAAGCAAAGGAUGCUUGGCUUGGGAGUUACAAGCUUCAUACAAGAAAAAAUAAUCCUCAAAAAAUUCAUGAGCCAACUAAAAAAAAUGAUAUAGUACAGAAUAUAAUCGAAAAUUUGAAAAAUGUUCAUCCAGAUUUUUCUUUACAUGAAUUCUAA